AUGGCAUCUGCAUCUCCUCAAAACUCGUUACCACAGCCCAGCUAUAGUACCGGGACUUCCGGCCAGGAUACCGACCCUUUAUCUGUAUUUAACUUGAGUAUUCUUAAGACUCUCGCAGAGAAGAGGGCCACAAGAGAUGGAAAUCCACCUAAGAGGCGUGGUCCUAAGCCAGGCAGCAAACCUGCCUUAACUCGACGUCAAGAGCUUAACCGGCAAGCUCAAAGGACACAUCGGGAGCGAAAAGAAGCCUACAUCAAGGCACUCGAGGAUGAGGUGCUCCGCUUAAGGGAAAUUUUUAGCAACAUCGCCCGUGAAAAAGAGCGGUUAGUCGAAGAGAACCGUCGCCUGAAGACGCUACUUGCCCAAGUCGGUAUCAACUAUGGAAGGCCCGUGACAGAAGACUUGAUGAGCCAACAAAGCACCAGCUGCAUGUCCAGUUCUAGUAUAGCCGGGAGCUACGGCCCAGGAUCCAGCAACUCAACUGCGUUUACCCCUCCGCCGCUGUCUGCGUGCACGGGGCCCAUGGAGGCGAAUGCCGAAGCAAUGACCCAUGGUCCAAAUCUAGUAUUGGACUAUGAGCAGAUUGGCAUUGAUUUUGUGCUGACCCUCGAGAAGCCAUGCAUGAACCAUAUGCCCUGGUUGCUGGAGCGCAACUAUGAAACGGGCUUGAACGAGCCUUGUGGCCAUGCGCUCAUGGCAUCAUGCCCACCUGAGCCUUUCUCCGACUUAACACCCGACAUCCCUUUCGGUGACAGUUACGGCAAUAGGAGUCACUCCGGCACCGGAAACAAAAGCAAGAGUAACACUGCCUGUUCGGCUGACGGCGGUACUAGUCAAGACUCAACAAGUGCGGUUGGGAACCAUGGUCAGCGAACUUGGGAACUGAGUAAAGCCGACUUGACCACGCUCCUGGACUUGAGCAAGAAGCUGGAUCUAGACGGAGAGAUCACGCCGGUCAUGGCAUGGGGCAUGAUCCUGGGGCAUCCAAGGUUUUCUGAGUUGAGGGAGGAGGACUUUGUCAGGCUCACAGAAGAGCUCAAGGGGAAGGUUCGGUGUUAUGGCUUUGGCGCUGUCAUGGAAGAGUUCGAAGUCCGAGAUGCGCUGGAGAGCAUCUUUGCGACAAAGAUGGAACUGGGGGUGGCAUAUUGA